AUGGACCCGCCGCCGCCGCCGACGUUUCGCCGGGAGGCGUGGGAGGGCUGUAGCGUCCUCCUCGACAUCAAUGACGGCGACUGCCUAGCCUUCUUCCGCCUCACCCCUGGAGCCUCAGUCCUACCCUCCCCCGCCUCCCUGACUUCGCUACUCCCCUCCCCCUCGAACCAACCCUUUGUGUGCGCGCAGGACGGUGAAGAUUGGGAACAAGACCUGCUCGCUGCAGCCGCUCGUGGGGCGCCCCUUUGGCUCCCUCUUCCGCCUCGGCACCGACGGACUCGUCCCCUGCGCCGCCGCGGACGCCACAUCUCGUGGGAUGGUGCAACUGGUGAUGAGAUUGUGGAAGCUUUAAUAGCAAAUAGCUCAACAUUUGGAAAGAAAACUGUCUUCUCGCAGGAGAAGUACAAGUUAAAGAAACAAAAGAAAUAUGCACCUAAAGUUCUUUUGCGACGCCCUUCUGCUCGGAGCAUUUGUGAGACAUACUUCAAGAAAAGUCCAGCUCAUAUAGGGUUUAUGCGAGUUGACACGCUAUCUCUCUUGUUGUCUAUGGCAAACAUUGGUUUAGUUGUUGGAGCUGUUGCUGAACGCUUAGGAGGUACAGGAUAUGUUUGCAGCACAUAUCUUGGUUCAGCACCCUGCUGCAUCGACAUUAUAAGAAUGUACAAUUUGAGCAGUGAUAUGGUCAGCAGGAUUGUUCAGGCGCCACUUAGUGACCUAUGUUCAAUGCAUAGUUCUGGGAACACCCCUUCUCUUCUCAAUGGUGGCGCUGAAGAGGAGAUGCAAGUUGACACAGCAGUGUCAGAUGAGAAGGCACAGUUAUCAACAGAUCAGCCAACUGAUAUGGAGGUCUCAGAGCCUUCUUUGGAUGAGCAUCCUGUUCAAGAUGAAAACUCUUCAUUAGAUGGCAAAGGCAGUGAUGGUAAUUUAGAUGCUUCAAAAUCUUCUAAAGCUGGAAAAGCACCAUCACCAGAGAAGAUGAAAUAUUGGAAGGAACAUGGCUUUAGUAGUUUGAUUGUUUGUGCCCCUGGCCACGAAGUCGAGCGUCUUGUCGCUGAUCUGCUUCCACUUUUGUCUUAUUCAGCUCCAUUUGCUAUAUAUCAUCAGUAUCUUGAUCCUCUUGCAAAGUGCAUGCACAGCUUACAAGUAUCAAAGAUGGCUAUUGGAUUGCAGCUUUCUGAACCCUGGCUACGUGAAUACCAGGUCCUUCCAUCGCGCAUCCAUCCACACAUGCAAAUGAAUGCGUUUGCCGGUUAUAUCUUGAGCGGCAUAAGGAUACACAAUACAGAUUGUAUGAUAGCAAACGAGUGA